AAUACAGGGGUUACAGGGGGUUACAAGGGGUUACAAGGGGUGACAGGGGGUGACAAGGGGUUACAGGGGAUUACAAGGGGUUACAGGGGGUUACAAGGGGUUACAGGGGGUUACAAGGGGUGACAAGGGGUUACAGAGGGUUACAAAGGAUUAUAGAAACUUUUUUCUAACUAGAACGUUCCCAAAUACUUUUUCUUGGUCUAUUUUGCAGAAAAAUCAAAGUUGAACAAAUCUCAAAUUUUUGACGAAAACGACGGACUAACCCCUUUGGAAAAAUGCUAAUUUUGCGUUUUUUGUAAACAGUUGUUUUUAUAGUCUUUAAAGGCUUCUUUUUUAUCUAGAACGUCAGCAAACACUUUUUCUCGAUCCAUUUUUGAUAAACAGAAAAGAUGAAAAAACUUCAACUUUUUGACCAACAUCAUGGACUAUCCCCUUUGCAAAAAUGCCAAGUUUGCCUUCUUUUUAAAUACAUGUUUAUAUUGUGUAAAAACGCUUGUUUUCUAACGAGAACGUCAGCAAAUACUUUUUCUGGGUGUAUUUGGCAUAAAACGAAACGUUAACAAAAUUACAAAUUUCAGACCAAAACCAUGGACUAACCCCUUUGGAAAAAUGCCAAUUUUGUGGGUUUUUAAACCGACGUUUUCCUUGUUGAGAAAGGCUUGUUUGCUAUAUAAAACGUCGAAAAUCGUUUUUUCUCGCUCUAUUUUCAGGUUCUAUGACAUGGGAAUACAGGGGUUACAGGGGGUUACAAGGGGUUACAAAGGGUGACAGCGGGUGACAAGGGGUUACAGGGGAUUACAAGGGGUUACAAGGGGUUACAAAGCGUUACAAGGGGUUACAGGGGGUUACAAGGGGUGACAAGGGGUGACAAGGGGUUACAGAGGGUUACAAAGGAUUAUAGAAACUUUUUUCUAACUAGAACGUUCCCAGAUACUUUUUCUUGGUCUGUUUUGCAGAAAAAUCAAAGUUGAACAAAUUUCAAAUUUUUGACGAAAACGACAGACUAACCCGUUUGGAAAAAUGCUAAUUUUGCGUUUUUCGUAAACAGUUGUUUUUAUAGUCUUUAAAGGCUUCUUUUUUAUCUAGAACAUCAGCAAACACUUUUUCUCGAUCUAUUUUUGAUAAGCAGAAAAGAUGAAAAAACUUCAACUUUUUGACCAACAUCAUGGACUAUCCCCUUUGCAAAAAUGCCAAUUUUGCCUUCUUUUUAAAUACAUGUUUAUAUUGUCUAAAAACGCUUGUUUUCUAACGAGAACGUGACCAAAUACUUUUUCUGGGUGUAUUUUGCAUAAAACGAAACGUAAACAAAAUUAACAUUUUUGACCAACACCAUGGACUAACCCCUUUGGAAAAAUGCCAAUUUUGUGGGUUUUUAAACCGACGUUUUCGUUGUUCAGAAAGGCUUGUUUGCUAUAUAAAACGUCGAAAAUCGUUUUUUCUCCAUUUAUUUUCAGGUUCUAUGACAUGGGAAUACAGGGGUUACAGGGGGUUACAAGGGGUUACAAAGGGUGACAGGGGGUGACAAGGGGUUACAGGGGAUUACAAGGGGUUACAAAGGGUUACAAGGGGUUACAGGGGGUUACAAGGGAUGACAAGGGGUUACAGAGGGUUACAAAGGAUUAUAGAAACUUUUUUCUAACUAGAACGUUCCCAGAUACUUUUUCUUGGUCUGUUUUGCAGAAAAAUCAAAGUUGAACAAAUCUGAAAUUUUUGACGAAAACGACAGACUAACCCCUUUGGAAAAAUGCUAAUUUUGCGUUUUUCGUAAACAGUUGUUUUUAUAGUCUUUAAAGUCUUCUUUUUUAUCUAGAACGUCAGGAAACAGUUUUUCUCGAUCUAUUUUUGAUAAGCAGAAAAGAUGAAAAAACUUCAACUUUUUGACCAACAUCAUGGACUAUCCCCUUUGCAAAAAUGCCAAUUUUGCCUUCUUUUUAAAUACAUGUUUAUAUUGUCUAAAAACGCUUGUUUUCUAAGGAGAACGUGACCAAAUACUUUUUCUGGGUGUAUUUUGCAUAAAACGAAACGUAAACAAAAUUAACAUUUUUGACCAACACCAUGGACUAACCCCUUUGGAAAAAUGCCAAUUUUGUGGGUUUUUAAACCGACCUUUUCGUUGUUCAGAAAGGCUUGUUUGCUAUAUAAAAGGUCGAAAAUCGUUUUUUCUCCGCUUAUUUUCAGUUUCUAUGACAUUGGAAUACAGGGGUUAGAGGGAGUUACAGGGGGUUACAAAGGGUGACAGGGGGUGACAAGGGGUUACAGGGGAUUACAAGGGGUUACAAAGGGUUACAAGGGGUUACAGGGGGUUACAAGGGGUGACAAGGGGUUACAGAGGGUUACAAAGGAUUAUAGAAACUUUUUUCUAACUAGAACGUUCCCAGAUACUUUUUCUUGGUCUGUUUUGCAGAAAAAUCAAAGUUGAACAAAUCUCAAAUUUUUGACGAAAACGACAGACUAACCCCUUUGGAAAAAUGCUAAUUUUGCGUUUUUCGUAAACAGUUGUUUUUAUAGUCUUUAAAGUCUGCUUUUUUAUCUAGAACGUAAGCAAACACGUUUUCUCGAUCUAUUUUUGAUAAGCAGAAAAGAUGAAAAAACUUCAACUUUUUGACCAACAUCAUGGACUAUCCCCUUUGCAAAAAUGCCAAUUUUGCCUUCUUUUUAAAUACAUGUUUAUAUUGUCUAAAAACGCUUGUUUUCUAACGAGAACGUGACCAAAUACUUUUUCUGGGUGUAUUUUGCAUAAAACGAAACGUAAACAAAAUUAACAUUUUUGACCAACACCAUGGACUAACCCCUUUGGAAAAAUGCCAAUUUUGUGGGUUUUUAAACCGACGUUUUCGUUGUUCAGAAAGGCUUGUUUGCUAUAUAAAACGUCGAAAAUCGUUUUUUCUCCAUUUAUUUUCAGGUUCUAUGACAUGGGAAUACAGGGGUUACAGGGGUUACAAAGGGGUUACAAAGGGUGACAAGGGGUGACAGGGGGGUGACAAGGGGUUACAGGGAUUACAAGGGGUUACAGGGGUUACAAAAGGGUUACAGAGGGUUACAGGGGGUUACAAGGGGUGACAAGGGGUUACAGAGGGUUACAAAGGAUUAUAGAAACUUUUUUCUAACUAGAACGUUCCCAGAUACUUUUUCUUGGUCUAUUUUGCAGAAACAUCAAAGUUGAACAAAUCUCAAAUUUUUGAAGAAAACGACGGACUAACCCCUUUGGAAAAAUGCUAAUUUUGCGUUUUUCGUAAACAGUUGUUUUUAUAGUCUUUAAAGUCUUCUUUUUUAUCUAGAACGUCAGCAAACAGUUUUUCUCGAUCUAUUUUUUAUAAGAAGAAAAGAUGAAAAAACUUCAACUUUUUGACCAACAUCAUGGACUAUCCCCUUUGCAAAAAUGCCAAUUUUGCCUUCUUUUUAAAUACAUGUUUAUAUUGUCUAAAAACGCUUGUUUUCUAACGAGAACGUGACCAAAUACUUUUUCUGGGUGUAUUUUGCAUAAAACGAAACGUAAACAAAAUUAACAUUUUUGACCAACACCAUGGACUAACCCCUUUGGAAAAAUGCCAAUUUUGUGGGUUUUUAAACCGACGUUUUCCUUGUUCAGAAAGGCUUGUUUGGUAUAUAAAACGUCGAAAAUCGUUUUUUCCUCGAUCUAUUUUCAGGUUCUAUGACAUGGGAAUACAGGGGUUACAGGGGGUUACAAGGGGUUACAAAGGGUGAAAGGGGGUGACAAGGGGUUACAGGGGGUUACAAGGGGUUACAGGGGGUUACAAAGGGUUACAAGGGGUUACAGGGGGUUACAAGGGGUGACAAGGGGUUACAGAGGGUUACAAAGGAUUAUAGAAACUUUUUUCUAACUAGAACGUUCCCAGAUACUUUUUCUUGGUCUGUUUUGCAGAAAAAUCAAAGUUGAACAAAUCUCAAAUUUUUGACGAAAACGACAGACUAACCCCUUUGGAAAAAUGCUAAUUUUGCGUUUUUCGUAAACAGUUGUUUUUAUAGUCUUUAAAGUCUUCUUUUUUAUCUAGAACGUCAGCAAACAGUUUUUCUCGAUCUAUUUUUGAUAAGCAGAAAAGAUGAAAAAACUUCAACUUUUUGACCAACAUCAUGGACUAUCCCCUUUGCAAAAAUGCCAAUUUUGCCUUCUUUUUAAAUACAUGUUUAUAUUGUCUAAAAACGCUUGUUUUCUAACGAGAACGUGACCAAAUACUUUUUCUGGGUGUAUUUUGCAUAAAACGAAACGUAAACAAAAUUAACAUUUUUGACCAACACCAUGGACUAACCCCUUUGGAAAAAUGCCAAUUUUGUGGGUUUUUAAACCGACGUUUUCGUUGUUCAGAAAGGCUUGUUUCUUAUAUAAAACGUCGAAAAUCGUUUUUUCUCGAUUUAUUUUCAGGUUCUAUGACAUGGGAAUACAGGGGUUACAGGGGGUUACAAGGGGUUACAAAGGGUGAAAGGGGGUGAGAAGGGGUUACAGGGGGUUACAAAGGGUUACAAGGGGUUACAGGGGGUUACAAGGGGUGACAAGGGGUUACAGAGGGUUACAAAGGAUUAUAGAAACUUUUUUCUAACUAGAACGUUCCCAGAUACUUUUUCUUGGUCUGUUUUGCAGAAAAAUCAAAGUUGAACAAAUCUCAAAUUUUUGACGAAAACGACAGACUAACCCCUUGCGAAAAAUGCUAAUUUUGCGUUUUUCGUAAACAGUUGUUUUUAUAGUCUUUAAAGUCUGCUUUUUUAUCUAGAACGUCAGCAAAAACUUUUUCUCGAUCUAUUUUUGAUAAGCAGAAAAGAUGAAAAAACUUCAACUUUUUGACCAACAUCAUGGACUAUCCCCUUUGCAAAAAGCCAAUUUUGCCUUCUUUUUAAAUACAUGUUUAUAUUGUCUAAAAACGCUUGUUUUCUAACGAGAACGUGACCAAAUACUUUUUCUGGGUGUAUUUUGCAUAAAACGAAACGUACACAAAAUUAACAUUUUUGACCAACACCAUGGACUAACCCCUUUGGAAAAAUGCCAAUUUUGUGGGUUUUUAAACCGACGUUUUCGUUGUUCAGAAAGCCUUGUUUGCUAUAUAAAACGUCGAAAAUCGUUUUUUCUCCAUUUAUUUUCAGGGUCUAUGACAUGGGAAUACAGGGGGUUACAAGGGGUUACAAAGGGUGACAGGGGGUGACAAGGGGUUACAGGGGAUUACAAGGGGUUACAAAGGGUUACAAGGGGUUACAGGGGGUUACAAGGGGUGACAAGGGGUUACAGAGGGUUACAAAGGAUUAUAGAAACUUUUUUCUAACUAGAACGUUCCCAGAUACUUUUUCUUGGUCUGUUUGAAUGAAAAAUCAAAGUUGAACAAAUCUCAAAUUUUUGACGAAAACGACAGACUAACCCCUUGCGAAAAAUGCUAAUUUUGCGUUUUUCGUAAACAGUUGUUUUUAUAGUCUUUAAAGUCUGCUUUUUUAUCUAGAACGUCAGCAAAAACUUUUUCUCGAUCUAUUUUUGAUAAGCAGAAGAGAUGAAAAAACUUCAACUUUUUGACCAACAUCAUGGACUAUCCCCUUUGAAACAAGCCAAUUUUGCCUUCUUUUUAAAUACAUGUUUAUAUUGUCUAAAAACGCUUGUUUUCUAACGAGAACGUGACCAAAUACUUUUUCUGGGUGUAUUUUGCAUAAAACGAAACGUAAACAAAAUUAACAUUUUUGACCAACACCAUGGACUAACCCCUUUGGAAAAAUGCCAAUUUUGUGGGUUUUUAAACCGACGUUUUCGUUGUUCAGAAAGCCUUGUUUGCUAUAUAAAACGUCGAAAAUCGUUUUUUCUCGAUUUAUUUUCAGGGUCUAUGACAUGGGAAUACAGGGGGUUACAAGGGGUUACAAAGGGUGACAGGGGGUGACAAGGGGUUACAGGGGAUUACAAGGGGUUACAAAGAGUGACAGGGGGUGACAAGGGGUUACAGGGGAUUACAAGGGGUUAUAGGGGGUUACAAAGGGUUACAAGGGGUUACAGGGGGUUACAAGGGGUGACAAGGGGUUACAGAGGGUUACAAAGAAUUAUAGAAACUUUUUUCUAACUAGAACGUUCCCAGAUACUUUUUCUUGGUCUAUUUUGCAGAAAAAUCAAAGUUGAACAAAUCUCAAAUUUUUGACGAAAACGACAGACUAACCUCUUUAGAAAAAUGCUAAUUUUGCGUUUUUCGUAAACAGUUGUUUUUAUAGUCUUUAAAGUCUUCUUUUUUAUCUAGAACCUCAGCAAACACUUUUUCUCGAUCUAUUUUUGAUAAGCAGAAAAGAUGAAAAAACUUCAACAUUUUUGACCAACACCAUGGACUAAUCCCUUUGGAAAAAUGCAAAUUUUGUGGGUUUUUAAACCGACGUUUUCGUUGUUCAGAAAGGCUUGUUUCCUAUAUAAAACGUCAAAAAUCGUUUUUUUCUCCAUCUAUUUUCAGGUUCUACGACAUGGGAAUACAGGGGUUACAGGGGGUUACAAGGGGUGAAAGGGGGUGACAAGGGGUUACAGGGGGUGACAAGAAGUUACAAGGGGUUACAAGGGGUUAAAGGGGGUUAAAAACGGUUACUGGGGGUUACAAAGGGUGACAAGGGGUUACAGAGGGUUACAAAGGAUUAAAGAAACUUUUUUCUAACUAGAACGUUCCCAGAUACUUUUUCUUGGUCUAUUUUGCAGAAAAAUCAAAGUUGAACAAAUCUCAAAUUUGUGACGAAAACGAGUGAAUAACCCCUUUUGAAAAAUGCUAAUUUUCCGUUUUUCGUUAACAGUUGUUUUUAUAGUCUUUAAAGUCUGCUUUUUUAUCUAGAACCUCAGCAAACACUUUUUCUCGAUCUAUUUUUGAUAAGCAGAAAAGAUGAAAAAACUUCAACUUUUAGACCAACAUCAUGGACUAUCCCCUUUGCAAAAAUGCCAAUUUUGCCUUCUUUUUAAAUACAUGUUUAUAUUGUCUAAAAAUGCUUGUUUUCUAACGAGAACGUGACCAAAUACUUUUUCUGGGUGUAUUUUGCAUAAAACGAAACGUAAACAAAAUUAACAAUUUUGACCAACACCAUGGACUAACCCCUUUGGAAAAAUGCCAAUUUUGUGGGUUUUUAAACUGACGUUUUCCUUGUUCAGAAAGGCUUGUUUGCUAUAUAAAACGUCGAAAAUCGUUUUUUCUCCAUUUAUUUUCAGGUUCUAUGACAUGGGAAUACAGGGGUUACAGGGGGUUACAAGGGGUUACAAAGGGUGACAGGGGGUGACAAGUGGUUACAGGGGAUUACAAGGGGUUACAGGGGGUUGUAAAGGGUUACAAGGGGUUAAAGGGGAUUACAAGGGGUGACAAGGGGUUACAGAGGGUUACAAAGAAUUUUAGACACUUUUUUCUAACUAGAACGUUCCCAGAUACUUUUUCUUGGUCUAUUUUGCAGAAAAAUCAAAGUUGAACAAAUCUCAAAUUUUUGAGGAAAACGACAGACUAACCCCUUUAGAAAAAUGCUAAUUUUGCGUUUUUCGUAAACAGUUGUUUUUAUAGUCUUUAAAGUCUGCUUUUUUAUCUAGAGCGUCAGCAAACUCUUUUUCUCGAUCUAUUUUUGAUAGGAAGAAAAGAUGAAAAAAGUUCAACUUUUUGACCAACAUCAUGGACUAUCCCCUUUGCAAAAAUGCCAAUUUUGCCUUCUUUUUAAAUACAUGUUUAUAUUGUCUAAAAACGCUUGUUUUCUAGGAAGAACGUGACCAAAUACUUUUUCUGGGUGUAUUUUGCAUAAAACGAAACGUAAACAAAAUUAACAUUUUUGACCAACACCAUGGACUAACCCCUUUGGAAAAGUGCCAAUUUUGUGGGUUUUUAAACCGACGUUUUCGUUGUUCAGAAAGACUUGUUUGCUAUAUAAAACGUCGAAAAUCGUUUUUUCUCGAUUUAUUUUCAGGUUCUAUGACAUGGGAAUACAGGGGUUACAGGGGGUUACAAGGGGUUACAAAGGGUGACAGGGGGUGACAAGGGGUUACAGGGGAUUACAAGGGGUUACAGGGGUUACAAAGGGUUACAAGGGGUUACAGGGGGUUACAAGGGGUGACAAGGGGUUAAAGAGGGUUACAAAGAAUUAUAGAAACUUUUUUCUAACUAGAACGUUCCCAGAUACUUUUUCUUGGUCUAUUUUGCAGAAAAAUCAAAGUUGAACAAAUCUCAAAUUUUUGAGGAAAACGACAGACUAACCCCUUUAGAAAAAUGCUAAUUUUGCGUUUUUCGUAAACAGUUGUUUUUAUAGUCUUUAAAGUCUGCUUUUUUAUCUAGAGCGUCAGCAAGCUCUUUUUUUCGAUCUAUUUUUGAUAAGCAGAAAAGAUGAAAAAACUUCAACUUUUUGACCAACAUCAUGGACUAUCCCCUUUGCAAAAAUGCCAAUUUUGCCUUCUUUUUAAAUACGUGUUUAUAUUGUCUAAAAACGCUUGUUUUCUAACGAGAACGUGACCAAAUACUUUUUCUGGGUGUAUUUUGCAUAAAACGAAACGUAAACAAAAUUAACAUUUUUGACCAACACCAUGGACUAACCCCUUUGGAAAAAUGCCAAUUUUGUGGGUUUUUAAACCGACGCUUUCGUUGUUCAGAAAGGCUUGUUUGCUAUAUAAAACGUCGAAAAUCGUUUAGUGUCGAUUUAUUUUCGGGUUCUAUGACAUGGGAAUACAGGGGUUACAGGGGGUUACAAGGGGUUACAAAGGGUGACAGGGGGUGAGAAGGGGUUACAGGGGGUUACAAAGGGUUACAAGGGGUUACUGGCAGUUACAAGGGGUGACAAGGGGUUACAGAGGGUUACAAAGAAUUAUAGACACUUUUUUCUAACUAGAACGUUCCCAGAUACUUUUUCUUCGUCUGUUUUGCAGAAAUAUCAAAGUUGAACAAAUCUCAAAUUUUUGACGAAAAUGACAGACUAACCCCUUUGGAAAAAUGCUAAUUUUGCGUUUUUCGUAAACAGUUGUUUUUAUAGUCUUUAAAGUCUUCUUUUUUAUCUAGAACGUCAGCAAACACUUUUUCUCGAUCUAUUUUUGAUAAGAAGAAAAGAUGAAAAAACUUCAACUUUUUGACCAACAUCAUGGACUAUCCCCUUUGCAAAAAUGCCAAUUUUGCCUUCUUUUUAAAUACAUGUUUAUAUUGUCUAAAAACGCUUGUUUUCUAAGGAGAACGUGACCAAAUACUUUUUCUGGGUGUAUGUUGCAUAAAACGAAACGUAAACAAAAUUAACAUUUUUGACCAACACCAUGGACUAACCCCUUUGGAAAAGUGCCAAUUUUGUGGGUUUUUAAACAGACGUUUUCGUUGUUCAGAAAGGCUUGUUUGCUAUAUAAAACGUCCAAAAUCGUUUUUUCUCGAUUUAUUUUCAAGUUCUAUGACAUGGGAAUACAGGGGUUACAGGGGGUUACCAGGGGUUACAAAGGGUGACAGCUGGUGACAAGGGGUUACAGGGGGUUACAAGGGGUUACAGGGGGUUACAAAGGGUUACAAAGGGUUACGGGGGGUUACAAGGGGUGACAAGGGGUUACAGAGGGUUACAAAGAAUUAUAGAAACUUUUUUCUAACUAGAACGUUCCCAGAUACUUUUUCUUCGUCUGUUUUGCAGAAAUAUCAAAGUUGAACAAAUCUCAAAUUUUUGACGAAAAUGACAGACUAACCCCUUUGGAAAAAUGCUAAUUUUGCGUUUUUCGUAAACAGUUGUUUUUAUAGUCUUUAAAGUCUGCUUUUUUAUCUAGAACGUCAGCAAACAGUUUUUCUCGAUCUAUUUUUGAUAAGCAGAGAAGAUGAAAAAACUUCAACUUUUUGACCAAUAUCAUGGACUAUCCCCUUUGCAAAAAUGCCAAUUUUGCCUUCGUUUUAAAUACAUGUUUAUAUUGUCUAAAAACGCUUGUUUUCUAACGAGAACGUGACCAAAUACUUUUUGUAAGUGUAUUUUGCAUAAAACGAAACGUAAACAAAAUUAACAUUUUUGACCAACACCAUGGACUAACCCCUUUGGAAAAAUGCCAAUUUUGUGGGUUUUUAAACCGACGUUUUCGUUGUUCAGAAAGACUUGUUUGCUAUAUAAAACGUCGAAAAUCGUUUUUUGUCGAUUUAUUUUCAGGUUCUAUGACAUGGGAAUAAAGGGGUUACAGGGGGUUACAAGGGGUUACAAAGGGUGACAGGGGGUGACAAGGGGUUAGGGGGGAUUACAAGGGGUUACUGGGGGUUACAAAGAAUUUUACAAACUUUUUUCUAACUUGAACGUUCCCAGAUACUUUUUCUUGGUCUAUUUUGCAGAAACAUCAAAGUUGAACAAAUCUCAAAUUUUUGACGAAAACGACAGACUAACCCCUUUAGAAAAAUGCUAAUUUUGCGUUUUUCGUAAACAGUUGUUUUUAUAGUCUUUAAAGUCUUCUUUUUUAUCUAGAACCUCAGCAAACACUUUUUCUCGAUCUAUUUUUGAUAAGCAGAAAAGAUGAUAAAACUUCAACGUUUUGACCAACAUUAUGGACUAUCCCCUUUGCAAAAAUGCCAAUUUUGCCUUCUUUUUAAAUACAUGUUUAUAUUGUCUAAAAACGCUUGUUUUCUAACAAGAACGUGACCAAAUACUUUUUCUGGGUGUAUUUUGCAUAAAACGAACGUAAACAAAAUUAACAUUUUUGACCAACACCAUGGACUAACCCCUUUGGAAAAAUGCCAAUUUUGUGGGUUUUUAAACCGACGUUUUCGUUGUUCAGAAAGGCUUUUUUCCUAUAUAAAACGUCAAAAAUCGUUUUUUUCUCGAUCUAUUUUCAGGUUCUAUGACAUGGAAAUACCGGGGUUACAGGGGGUUACAAGGGGUUACAAAGGGUGAAAGGGGGUGAGAAGGGGUUACAGGGGAUUACAAGGGGUUACAAAGGGUUACAAGGGGUUACAGGGGGUUAAAAGGGGUGACAAGGGGUUACAGAGGGUUACAAAGGAUUAUAGAAACUUUUUUCUAACUAGAACGUUCCCAGAUACUUUUUCUUGGUCUGUUUUGCAGAAAAAUCAAAGUUGAACAAAUCUCAAAUUUUUGACGAAAACGACAGACUAACCCCUUUGGAAAAAUGCUAAUUUUGCGUUUUUCGUAAACAGUUGUUUUUAUAGUCUUUAAAGUCUGCUUUUUUAUCUAGAACGUGAGCAAACACGUUUUCUCGAUCUAUUUUUGAUAAGCAGAAAAGAUGAAAAAACUUCAACUUUUUGACCAAACUCAUGGACUAUCCCCUUUGCAAAAAUGCCAAUUUUGCCUUCUUUUUAAAUACAUGUUUAUAUUGUCUAAAAACGCUUGUUUUCUAACGAGAACGUGACCAAAUACUUUUUCUGGGUGUAUUUUGCAUAAAACGAAACGUAAACAAAAUUAACAUUUUUGACCAACACCAUGGACUAACCCCUUUGGAAAAAUGCCAAUUUUGUGGGUUUUUAAACCGACGUUUUCGUUGUUCAGAAAGGGUUGUUUGCUAUAUAAAACGUCGAAAAUCGUUUUUUGUCGAUUUAUUUUCGGGUUCUAUGACAUGGGAAUACGGGGGUUACAGGGGGUUACAAGGGGUUACAAAGGGUGACAGGGGGUGACAAGGGGUUACAGGGGGUUACAAAGGGUUACAAGGGGUUACAGGGGGUUACAAGGGGUGACAAGGGGUUACAGAGGGUUACAAAGGAUUAUAGAAACUUUUUUCUAACUAGAACGUUCCCAGAUACUUUUUCUUGGUCUGUUUUGCAGAAAAAUCAAAGUUGAACAAAUCUCAAAUUUUUGACGAAAACAACAGACUAACCCCUUUAGAAAAAUGCUAAUUUUGCGUUUUUCGUAAACAAUUCUUUUUAUAGUCUUUAAAGUCUGCUUUUUUAUCUAGAACGUCAGCAAACACUUUUUCUCGAUCUAUUUUUGAUAAGCAGAAAAGAUGAAAAAACUUCAACUUUUUGACCAACAUCAUGGACUAUCCCCUUUGCAAAAAGCCAAUUUUAGCUUCUGUUUAAAUACAUGUUUAUAUUGUCUAAAAACGCUUGUUUUCUAACGAGAACGUGACCAAAUACUUUUUCUGGGUGUAUUUUGCAUAAAACGAAACGUAAACAAAAUUAACAUUUUUGACAAACACUAUGGACUAACCCCUUUGGAAAAAUUCCAAUUUUGUGGGUUUUUAAACCGACGUUUUCGUUGUUCAGAAAGCCUUGUUUGCUAUAUAAAACGUCGAAAAUCCUCUUUACUCCAUUUAUUUUCAGGUUCUAUGACAUGGGAAUACAGGGGGUUACAAGAGAUUACAAAGGGUGACAAGGGAAGACAAGGGGUUACAGGGGAUUACAAGGGGUUACAGGGGGUUACAGAGGGUUACAGGGGGUUACAAACGGGUGACAAGGGGUUACAGAGGGUUACAAAGGAUUAUAGA